AUGGAUCAAUACAACCAGUACGGUCCGCCCCGUGACGAGAUCAACGGGGGCGUUGGCAAGAUCGUGAAGGACAGUCUGGGCGGGGUCGUCACUCCGAUUGGGACGGGUGGCAAGUCACUGGCCAUCCGGCGUCAAGGACGUAACCCCGCCGACCCGGAUUCGCCCAGUCCCGUCGUCACCGACCGACAAGCCUUUCUCCUCGCGCUGGGGUUCCGUUCGAUAUCCCUCCUCUCGCAGACGUUUUUCCAGCCAGACGAAUUCUACCAGUCGUUGGAACCCGCUCACUGGCUCGUGUUUGGGACCGGGUUCUUAGCCUGGGAGUGGAAAGACUUGCCCGCUAUACCGGAAGAGGUCGUUCAGGCGAUCAUCGAGCAGGGUGGAUGGCGGUCCCGGUUGGUCGGAUAUGUCGACACGCAGGCAGGGGGAAGGUUGAGAAGCUGGUUGUGGCCGGGCUUGUUCGCGGCCAUCUACAAGGGACUCCAGGUGACAGGGCUGGAUGAGACCAGGUUGCUCAUACUAGCGCCUCGUCUACUUUGCGUCUUGCUGGCUGCGCUUACGGAUCUCUAUACGUUCAAGCUCGCUGGACGGCUCUUGCCUGGACGUGCCGAAGCCGCUCUCUUUCUUUCACUGACCAACCUGUUCCACGCGCACGCCUUGGCGAGGCCUCUGACUACGUCUGCCGAGACAUGCCUAACAAUCGUGGCCCUCUGCUAUUGGCCUUUUCGAUCCUCGGUUGAAAGCAUCGCUGGCAACACGUCGCAUUCCCGCCGGAUCGACUUUGGGAGGCUGGCGCUGUCUUUGAUGCUGUCGGCCACUGCCUUCGUUUUGAGACCAACGAACUUGACAUUCUGGGCCGUCAUGGGAACUGAAUUGGUUGUACGCAUUGGACGGCGUGACGCGCUUGCUGGUGUCAAAGUUAUUGCUCUGGCGGUUGCCGCCGCCAUGAGCGCCUCCGCUGCCCUCGACUAUGCCCUGGUCGGAACCAAGGAUAUUCCCGGCCGAUCUUUUCUCGUCUACAACGUGCUCUUCGACCUGUCGAGCCUGUUUGGAGUGUCGCCCUGGCACUAUCACCUCUCGCAAACAUUGCCCAUCAUGCUCACGGUGGCGCUGCCUUUUGUCCUUCCGACCUUUUUCAAGGCGCUACUCGGAUUGCGGCUCUCGAGAACGCUCUCGGAUGGACGACAAACCGCCGCUGCACUUCAGCCUCAGGAUCGCAACCUCAGGACCCUGGCUAUCGCAAUAGCAGUGACUUUUUUGGUAUACUCGUCGAUCCAGCACAAAGAAUGGCGGUUCCUACACCCCCUCCUGCCGGUCUUGCUGUUAUUCGGUGCACACGCCCUCGUAGCUGCCUACCGUCCAUCAGUCGCAGGGGGUCUACUAGGCUCGAGGCUCAAAACGCUCUACUCGGGCCUUCGGAUCAACAAAGGCUCGCUGCUCUUCUUGUCCCUGACCCCGAUCGUACCCUGGCUGUACCUGGCAUUCGUUCAUGGCAGGGGCCAGGUGGCCGUCGCCGAAUGGUUUGCCAUGCAGGUUCAACGCGAUCCUGGCACCAAGGCUCUUUUCCUGAUGCCUUGUCAUUCGACCCCGUGGAUGUCUCAUAUACACAGCAAGGACCCAGCUCAAGCGGAAAGAUGGCACUUUUUGACCUGUAAUCCACCGAUCGCAGAUGCCUUCGAUUGUCAGAUGUGUACGUUCUGGAAGGACCCAGUGACCUAUCUGCACGCAGUCGAGGGGGACAUCACGCAUCUGGUUUUCUUUGGCGAAGUCCUCGAAUGGCCUGUCAGAGACAACAAUUCGACUUUCCGUCCCCAAUUGGAACAAGCCGGAUGGGGCGAAGCUUGGCGAACACAUUGGAACGGGCUCGACAUCCUGCAAGACGAUGGACUCAGACGGGGAGGUAUAUAUGUGUUUGAGCGGGAUCCCCUGCGUCGGGGACAGGGCAGAGUUGAGCUGGAUUGA